AUGUUUUCAGCAUCCUGCCGCGUCUGGGUUAAGGUCAAAACUAUUAAAGUCAGUAAUGUUUCCUUGGGAGCAUAUGAACAAGACCUUAAGGAGUUCUUUUCCUUUUCUGGUGAUAUUGAAUAUGUUGAAAUGCAAAGUCAUGACGAACGAUCUCAAAUUGCCUUUGUCACUUUCAAGGACCCACAAGGUGCUGAGACUGCAGUACUACUAUCGCCCUUCCAAAGUAUGGAUGCUCCUCUGUUGGUGGUAUAUAUGAAGCACGGACACCUUGAACACAACACCGACACCGACACAACAGCACUGGUAAUCAUUUGA